GAACUGAUAAAGCGGUAACCUCAAUCUAUUGUUUCGGCACAGUUGUGAAAAUGUUGUCAUUUAUUUUUCGAAGACUUUUGAGCCGACUCUAUUUUCGUACUCCUAAUUUGAACCCAUCUUUCCGAAGUCCUAUUCCUAAGGCUUUUGUUUCAAGCUCGCCGGCCUUUGUAUAUAGAUCUCAUGCUUGUGGUGAGCUGAGCACGCGACAUAUCAACUCUACCGUUACAGUAUGCGGGUGGCUUGAACAUUGUCGACUGUCAUCUCGUUUUCUUGUUCUUCGUGAUGAUCGUGGCUUAAUACAAAUAUAUUGUGAUAAGAAUUCUCUCCCAAUUCCGCAGCUUUCUUUUGAGUCUGUCCUGAGAGUGACAGGUAAAGUCCAAGCACGUCCGGAAAAGGAUGUAAAUAAGCUUAUGCCAACUGGCGAAAUUGAAAUAAUUGCCGAAAGCAUUGAAAUCCUCAGUCAUUCGUCUUUACUUUCCUUUCUUCCGAAAGAUGCAGCGAAUGUUAGUUGUUAUCCUACGAUCACUCAGUCAUUUUAAGGUCAACGAAACAGAAAGAUUAAAAUAUCGUUACCUUGAUCUUCGUUCGUCGAAUAUGCAAAGAAACAUGCGGUUUCGUUCAUCUAUCACUUUGCAAAUGCGAAGCUUCUUGUGUCAAAAUAAUGGUAUUGUACAUCUUUUGUGAUUCACAUAUAUAGGUUUUAUUGAAAUCGAAACUCCAUAUUUGUUCAAAAUUACUCCAGGGGCAAGUACUUGUGAUAAUUUCUGAUUUCUUUAGGGUGCCCGUGAGUUUAUUGUACCUACCAAGUUUCCUGGAUUAUGGUACUGCUUACCUCAAAGCCCCCAACAAUUCAAACAACUUUUGAUGAUAAGUGGAUUUAGUAAAUAUAUGCAGAUCGCCAGAUGUUUUCGAGACGAGACUUCUAGAUCUGACAGACAGCCCGAAUUUACUCAGGUUAUUUUCCAUUCUUCCUAACUUUUGUAGUUGGACAUAGAAAUGGCAUUUAUCACUCCAGAUGAUAUUUAUGAAAUAAUUGAGAAUAUGUUGUUAUAUAUUUGGCCUACAGUUCAGAGUACUUCAGGUUGUCGGCCAAUUUCGGCACCUUUUUUGCGCAUGAAAUAUUGUGAUGCUAUGUCACGAUAUGGAAGUGACAAACCAGAUAUACGCUUUGGUUUCUUAUUUUCAUACUCCGCUGUUGAUGGGCACACCGGUUUUAAUAUACCAAGGAAAUACUAAUUUCUUCCCACUUUUCUAAUAAGAAACGUGGAAACCUCGAACAGUUUGGAUUUACUCCAGGCCCUUUAUUGUUUACGGUGUAUAUCUCGUAUAAUAUUGGCUUUCUUCUUCUUUCAGUCAUCGAGUUUAAGUGCUGAAGAUUGGGACUCCUUGGAGGAUUUGGUUUUCCGCCUAACGGGCCAAAGAAUAUCAAUCUUUGCAGUUCAAAAUAUCAAGUCAAAACACUUGGACUUAUUAAAUUUAUUAAAGCCGGAGUGUGGUGAUUUAGUCGUCUUCAUUAAAGGAAAUACAGAAACUGAGUUAAAAGCAUUGGGAAUGGCACGAGUUGAAGUCGCUAAGCUUAUUGAUUCGAAAGGUUUGUCAAUAUAUGAACCUGGAUUCCAUUUCCUUUGGGUAAAUCAAUUUCCAUUGUUUGAAAAAAAUAACUUAGGUCAAUGGAUAUCAGUGCAUCACCCAUUCACUGCUGCGUCGCCAGAGACAGCACAUUUCCUGUACACUGAUCCGAGCAAAGUCAUCGGUUUACAUUACGAUUUAGUUUGUAAUGGUCAAGAAGUUGGAGGUGGUUCAAUUCGGAUACAUAAUCCUGAGGUACAAAGGUAUAUUUUUACCGAAAUUCUCAAGGAAAAUUCUUGUGAAAUGGAAUACUUUUUAACUGCUCUAAAUUCUGGAGCUCCACCGCAUGGUGGGAUUGCGUUAGGUCUUGAUCGUUUAAUUGCAAUAUUUGUAAAUGCCAAAUCAAUCAGAGAUGUAAUUGCUUUCCCAAAAGCGGCUGAUGGUAAAGAUCUCUUAUGUGGGACACCAACUAUGGUAGAUGAUGAAAUCUUAUCACAGUAUUGCAUUUCUGUUUCUAAUCUGAAUAAAAGUUGAUUUCCA